AUGCAAAAAUGGAAAGAAGCUGCCAUUGAUGGAGUCGAGAGACCUAAUAAGAACGGCAAACUGUUUUACUGUCUUUCGAUGUUCCCAUAUCCUUCAGGAACUCUACAUUUGGGCCAUCAACGAGUGUAUACCAUCAGUGAUGUGAUUGCUCGCUUCAAGCGUCUACAAGGUUAUGAUGUGAUUCAUCCUAUGGGAUGGGACGCGUUCGGUUUGCCAGCUGAAAAUGCUGCUGUUGAAAGAGGUAUUAACCCGGCCGUAUGGACAGAGACUAACAUUGCGAAAAUGAAAGACCAGAUGGAGCUAAUGCUCGCGAACUUUGACUGGGACAGGGAAGUGAAUACAUCUUCCCCAGACUACUACAAAUGGACACAGAAGAUUUUCACACUUCUUUUUGAGAACGGCUUGGCUUACAGAAAAGGUGCAGAGAUCAAUUGGGAUCCUAUUGACCAAACUGUUCUUGCCAAUGAACAAGUUGACUCCGAAGGUAAAUCCUGGAGAUCAGGCGCUAAGGUCGAGAAAAGAACCCUUGAGCAAUGGUUUAUUGGAAUAACAAAAUAUGCCAGUGCUCUUCAGAAUGACCUUAAGCUAUUAGACGAAUGGCCUGAUAAAGUCAAGGCGAUGCAGAAGCACUGGAUUGGCGAAAGUCAUGGUGCUGAAAUCGUUUUCCCCAGCCAAGGGAGCUCACAGGAUAGUGUAACUGUGUUUACCUCUAGACCAGAUACGCUUUUUAGCGUGCAGUUCAUAGCACUUGCCUUGAACCACCCAAUUGUGCAAGAAAUUGCCCAGAACGAUAAAGAUUUGGCAGAAUACAUUGCGUUGGCCAAAAACGAUGAUGACCCUUUGUCGAAGCUGGGAUACCUUAUGGAGAAUGUGAAAGUCACAUUGCCUAUUGAUAUUAACGGUGAACAAAAGAGAGAUUUUGAUGUACCUGUCUACGUUGCUCCCUACGUCCUAGGUUCAUAUGGUCAUGGUGCCGUCAUGGGUUGUCCUGCUCAUGAUGAGCGUGAUUCUGCCUUUUGGGCGCUCCAUAUGCCUGGUGUUCCCGUCAGGCCCACAGUUGGGCCAAGCGAUAAAAAGAAAGUAGCCGAACAGAAGGGGUUGUUUACCGCUAAGAAUGGUAAGCUUUACGAUGGCUCGAUCUUGAAGAACGGUGUUCCUUCUUUGGGUAAUCUAUUUGACGUGAGUUCCAAGGAGGCCGGCAAAAAAAUAAUGACUCUUCUUGAGAAGAACCAUACUGGUGGUAAGGCUACACAGUUCAAAAUAAGAGACUGGCUUAUUUCGAGACAACGUUACUGGGGUGCACCAAUUCCGAUCGUACAUUGCGAUUCUUGUGGUCCCGUCGCGGUUCCUGAUAAGGACUUGCCUGUCUUAUUACCCAAGAUUGAUGGGAAGAGCUUUGGCAGUGGUAAUCCCUUGGACAAGCUUGAAUCUUUCGUUCAUACCACAUGUCCUUCUUGCGGUGGCCCUGCGAAGCGUGAUACUGACACUAUGGAUACUUUCAUUGAUUCUUCCUGGUACUUCUUCCGUUACCUUGACUCACAAAAUCUCAACAAGGUCUUCGACCACGAUAAAGCCACUCGUCAUAUGCCUGUCGACCUAUAUGUGGGAGGUGUGGAACAUGCUAUCUUACAUCUUUUGUAUUCUCGUUUCAUUUCCAAAUUCUUGGGUGAUAUCGGCAUGUGGGAUGGCAAAGAUGUCAGGAAUGAACCUAUCAAGAAGUUGGUGACCCAAGGAAUGGUACACGGCAAGACUUUCACUGACCCCGAAAGUGGUAGAUUCCUCAAGCCAGAGGAAGUGGACUUGUCUGAUGCUUCUAGACCAAAGAUAAAGGCGACCGGGCUCGUUCCAUCUGUCAGCUUUGAAAAGAUGUCUAAAUCGAAGUAUAAUGGUGUGGACCCCGCAAAAUGUAUCGAGACAUAUGGGGCUGAUGCUGUUCGUGCUCACAUUCUUUUCUCAGCACCAAUCUCUGAUCAGCUCAACUGGAAUGAGGACCAGAUUCAAGGGAUUGAGAGAUGGCUCAAGAAGGUCAUCAACCUCAAAGAUGAUGUUAUCAAGAUGGUUUCAUCUCUGCAGAGUAUGUCAACAGAGGGUAAUACCUUCAAGGAUAUUGAGCUCGCUGGAGAGGUUUAUGACCAAAUUGUUCUUUCAGAGAAAGAAUUGAAUUUGUACAAUGACAUUCGUUUCUACACAAACAAGAUCCUGAAAUCUGUUGAAGUUGAUUUAUCAUUUAACACUAUCAUUUCGGACUUCAUGAAAAUGACUAACGCUUUACAGGCCGCCGUGAAAGAUGGCAACUUUUAUCCAGCGAUAAUUCUUGACGCAUACGAGAGACUCUUAGUUGUCAUGUCUCCUGCCACACCCUCAAUUGCUGAGGAGUGUUGGGAAGGAUUGGCAAAAGGCUUUGGAAAGCCAUUCACAUCGAUCUUUAACGAAAGCUUUCCAACCUCAGAGCCAAUUGCGUCUCCCUACACAAAUUUUAACAUUUUUAUCAAUGGAAAGGCUAGACAUUCCAUGCAAGCCCUUCGUUCGUUGGCUUCGGAAUCUGAAGAAAAAGUUCUCAGCAUUGCAUUAGCAGAAGGCCCUGUCAAGAAGUUUGUUGGCGACAAAGCUAUCAAGAAGCUAAUUGUCAAAGAAGGGCUUAUCAGCAUCAUUACAUCCAAAUAG